CACACACGCACACACACACACACUCACACACCGCCUCUGUCUGUUAUUAUCCAACACAGGCAAGUGCAGAACACACACACACUCUCACACACGCUCACAGAUUACUCAUUAAUUUUCUCGGAGCUCCAGGAGUUGCAGCACAUUUCACCGACUCUCAGAAUCUCAGCAUGCCGUCUCUGCGACACUCCUACACGGUCACAGCUGCGGAGGAACCGGCCUCUCUGCCCGGCUCUGAGAGAGCGAAUCUACGGAGGAAGAGCCCUCCUCUGUCCCGGACCAAGCUGGUUACCACCUUCAUGGGAUUGAUCAUCAACCAGGCCAAG